UCAAGGAGGAUGAACAAGAGGGCGGGGGGAGAGUGGGGGGGGGGGGGGGGGGGGGGGGGGGGGGGGGGGGUUGCUGUGAGGGGGGGGGGGGGGGGGGGGGGGGGAGAGAGAGGGGGGGGGGGGGAGAGAGACGGGAGAGAAGGAGAAGAAGGGAAUGAUGCGCGUUGUAUUCGGAGAAAUGUUUGAGUGAAGGAGGAUGUAUGAGGAAGAGAGGGAGGGGGGGGGGGGAGAAAGAGAUGGAGUGCCUUUGCUGUGAAGGAAGAGGAAUAAGGGAAUAGCUUGGGGAAGAGGAGAAGGAGAAGGGAAUGUCAUCGAGAUGGGCGGGACAAGAUUUUGGGAAAUUCGGGAAGAAUUCACGUGGCAGAUUCGACAGUGAUGAUCCAGCGAAGAACCGGAGCGCAGAAGGUGAUCCAUAUUGCACGAUAUUUGUCGGCAGGCUGUCACCACACACAACAGAGAAAACGCUUCAUGAGGUGUUCAGCAGGUACGGGCGCAUCCGAAGAGUGAGGCUGAUCCGUGAUAUCGUGACGGGAGCUUCGCGGCGGUACGCAUUUAUAGAAUUCUCGUCGGAUAAUGACAUGCGUUAUGCAUAUAAGAGGGCAAAUAAUGUGAUGGUUGAUGGCUAUCCAAUCUUGGUGGACUACACCCGACAGCGCUUGAUGCCCAAUUGGAUGCCUCGGCGUUUCGGGGGUGGCCUUGGCGGCAAGAAGGAAUCUGGACAACUGAGAUUUGGCGGUCGGGACCGGCCAUUUCGCGCUCCCCUCCGACCAGUCCCACGUGAGGAUCUGAAGAAACUCGGCAUCCCCUGUCCUCCGGAAGGACGCUACAUGUCUCGACAUCAGACCCCACCAUUGCCAGAACGGCCAUAUUCAAAGAGGAGGGGUGAGAUGUCCCCUGAGCCAGAGAGUAAUAUCGACUCACGAGGGCCAGACGACAUGGGGGGCGUUGAAGUUCGGCGACGUAUGAAAGACGGUCCAGAACCGGACAGACAAUGGAGAAGAUCAGAGUCAGCAGGUGGCCACAACUCACCUGGUUAUAUGCAACAAGAGCGGCGUCAUCAUGAGAGUUCACGACACAACGGGAAGCAUCGCGCGGACAUCACCGAUAAGGAAAGAGAUGGUGGAAGCUUUAGGGAUCUCCCUGAGGAGAAGGAUCUUAGGGGGAGGUCGGAUGGAGCAAGGGAGCGAGAAGAUCCGGACCGCAGCAGGAGGCACAGAGAGGGUAGAGAUGCUGGGGAUCGUGAUAGGCAGAGCAGUCACCGGGAGAAGAGGAGGGGGAGGGAGGAGGCAAGAGAGAGUGGGCACAGGGUAGAGGAGGAUAAACGGAGAGGAGAUCCACACAGCAGGGGUGAUCGACGAGAAGGUGAGGGGCGUAAGAGGGUUCGAGUGGACGAGGACGAAAAGCCAAGAGGGAGAGAUCGAGAUAGGGAUGGAGAUAGGUCGCACUCAUGGGAUAAAGGUCGUUAAACGGGGGUGGUCCUAUGAAGCAGAUCCAGUCAAUCAGUAGCAACUCUGCUGAAGCAUGACAGAGUUACAAUGAAGAGCGAGUUCGGGAGGCUCCCGCGUGCUUGAUUGAUGACGUACUGACGUAAUUUUUGUUGGAUUAAGAGUGUGGAGGGAAUAUGCCGACGUCCUGAUUCAACCAAGGAAUCGGUUUUUUUGGGCCCCAUUCCUUCCAUGAAGUGGACAGAUUUUGGCGCAGGUGUUGCUUUGUGCACCAGAUUUUGCGACUCGCUGAGGUUCAUGCUGCCCUCUCUGCAAUGCAUGCUCGUCUCGUCAAGACGGUGGAAAUCCAAUGUUCAUCUCUGAGCGAAAACCGCAUUCGACAUCGUCGCUGUGGAAUCAGAGUGAAGGCAGUGCUGUAGUAGAGGACUCGGUGCAGACACUGCGUAUAGAAAAAGCAUGAGCAAGAGAUUUGGUACGGAAACCCACUGUGGGCUUAGCGAAAACCUCACUCAACGUCGUCGCUGUGAAGGAGAGUGAACGAAGUGGUGGUCUCCGAGUCCUGUAGACUCGACUGAGGGCAGACACUGCACAUAGAAAAAAAAAUAGCAGGAGCAAGAGAUUGUGUAUGGAACCCGCUGUGGGCUUUCAGGUCCCAGAAGAGCUGGAUAUUUUGGCUGGGCAGACCUGGACGAUGAAAUAUGCGAAAAGGGAAGAUGAAGAGACAUUUGGUGAUAUUUUGAGGUUUAUGAAUGGCCUUGCUGCUGUGAUCCAGGCGCUCAUGCAUCAGGGUCACAGCUCCAGUCCCGCACUGUAACUAAAUGGGCAUACUGUCAUGCUAUUGGCGGCUUCAACUGCUGGAGAAAUAGACAGGCAGGCUCUUUUGUGGAGAAUUGGCAAGGCAGAGCGAGCAUUCACAUACGUCAUGUCUGCGGCAUUCUGCGAACUUCGAACAGUGAGCAAAAUAGGCAUGCUGUUUCUGCAGCAGUAGCUUCAAUAGGAUCGGUAAGUGAGCGGCAUACUCAGCGACCGUGUUUCGUUAGUCCUACAUCAGUUGUCAUUUUGCAGCCGCAGAGUGAGCGGUUUUCUCAACUCGUGCUGGCUCUGGUGUGGCAUCGCUGAGUGGGUGAGCAGGUGAAUGAAUGUGUGUACCAUCUCCGAGUGGGUGAGUGGGUGAGUAACCGCUUUUCUCAUUUUAUGGCUACUACUCUUUCGUUCCAUCAUCAAGGAGCCUGCUGUCAGGUUGGCCUGUGGCCUGCAAUGACUGUCUCGGCGCGAACAUAGCCAUCUGCAAUGUGCAGUUUUCGUGUGUUUGGACCUGGGCAUCUGUCAAAUUGAACCAUAGCCAUCGGGGGCAAGGUGCAGUGUGCAUGUGUUUGGACCUGGGCAUGUGUCAAAUUGAACCAUAGCCAUUGGCGGCAAGGUGCAGUGUGCAUGUGUUUGGACCUGGGCAUGUGUCAUAUUGAUCUGGUAGGACUGUUUCAGAGGCGCGGUUGCCAAAGAUUCGCCCGGUCGAAUAUGCAAACAGGCCGGAGCAAAAUUGAUGCGCAGAAUAUGCAUCAGGACAUGGUGUUAGAGCGGAAGAGUCGCCUGGGUGAAGCUGCAAAUAGGCCGGGGUGAGGGAGAACAGGAUGUUUUAUCGAAUGGGAUGGAGAGUGUGUACAGGACUCAGACUGAGGCAGCUGUUGCGGAGAGGGAGGACAUGGGAUGGGGAGUUGUAUCACCAGGAGUUUUUCAAAGUAUUAAAUGCAGUUAAUGAACAGCUCCUUACUGU